UUGAAUACAGUGAUAAUGAAUAGUAUUUUUUAUUUAUUAUUCCUGUAUUUUGUUUUUAAAAUAAAUGCCGAACCAUUAGUGAAAAUAUCUAAGGGCAUUUUAGAUGGCACUACAGAAAUAUCAAAAAAUGGGAGAAAAUAUUCUGCUUUUCUUGGAAUUCGGUACGCGAAAGCACCAGUGGGAAACCUCAGGUUUCAAAAUCCUGAAGCUUCUGAAGCUUGGAUAGGAAUUCGACCUGCUAAAACUUUCGGUAAUAUUUGCCCUCAAAAAGAUGGCAGAAGAUCUGUUGUUGGUGACGAAGAUUGCUUAUUUUUGAACGUUUUUACACCUAAACUGGAAUUCAAUUCGCUACCCAGCGACACUAACGCACUGUUGCCAGUAAUGUUUUUCAUUCACGGUGGAGGAUUUAUAUUGGGCAGCAGCAACAUCUACGGUGCACAAUAUUUCUUGGACAAAAACGUCAUCCUAGUAACAAUAAAUUACCGUCUAGGAAUGUUGGGUUUUCUCACAACUGGCGAUUUAGUAGCACCAGGAAAUUUUGGAUUAAAAGAUCAAGUCCUAGCUUUGAAAUGGGUUCAAGAAAAUAUCAAAUCAUUUGGUGGUGAUCCAACCAAAGUAACUAUUUUCGGUCAAAGUGCUGGUGGUGUUAGUGUCAACCUUCACGCCUUCUCUCCCGCAAGUACAGGUCUAUUUAGUGCCUACAUAAUUCACAGUGGUGUAGCACUAACUCCGCUGGGAUUCCAAACAAGGGAAAAAUCACUUUCUUAUUUGAGACGAGUGUCUCCAAAAGUGCUCUGCAUUUCAAGAAAUACAAGAAAUUUAGUCGCAUGUCUGCGAAGAAAAUCAGUAGCAAGUUUGGUGAACAUAGAUUCUGGUCCUAAUCCACUAAAUUGGUUGCCUACCGAUGAAAUGGAUAAUGAUGAUGCAUUUUUGACUGACACUCCGAAAAAUUUGAUGAACAAUAAUGCAACGAAAGAUUUGCCAUUUAUGAGUGGAGCUGUAGCUGACGAGGGUCUUCUAAUUACUCAAGCUCUGUACUCAAACGAUUUACUCUACAAUUUAUUUAAAUUGAACACGAAUCAUUUGAUUGACUACAUGAACAGACGAUAUUAUGAAACUGAAAGUUCCAGGAGGUUUAGAAACGAAGUUACUAGGUUCUAUUUUAACGGAUCAAUUCUCACAUCAACGAAAGCAGAUUAUUUAGACAGUCUAACAAGAUUUAUUGGUGAUGGAUUGUUCCUACAUCCUCAAGUCCGAAUGAUUGAAAAAGUAACACCAGUAAAUAGAAAUCCUAAUUAUUUCUAUAACUUUGCAUAUAGAGGAUCUAUGAGCAUAACAAUGAUGGAUGGAAAUCAGGCAAAUAUAGGAGUAGAUCACGGUGAUGAUGCCUUGUACCUUUUUCCCGUUACUAUAAAUAACUUCAGAAUAACUCAUUUGAAUUUUACCACAAAUGACGACUAUGUUAGCAAAUUAAUGAUCGACUUGUGGACAUCGUUCGCCACAAACAGGGUCCCAGUGUCGAGCGUUUUGACAAAUUCGAAUUUAUGGAGUCCGUACACAAUUCAAAAUCCUGUUCACAUUCAAAUUGGCAAUAUUCGAAACAAUAAAGACCCAUCUGUGACACUCUCAAAUAAUUACUACACCCAAAGAAUGAAUUUUUGGCGAAAUAAUGCUCCGCUUUAAAAGUAGUCAAAGUAGUAAAACUCCAAUUAUUAAAAUACUUAAAAAGAACUUGUACUUUUUCAAGUACUUUAAUAAUUGGAGUAAAUUGAAGAACUUGAAAAUCCCCUAAAAGUGAAAUUUUAAACUUUAAAAAUCAAAAAAGAACAUUCCGAAAAAAUGUAUCUAUUAAAUACAAUAAAGAUAUUUUAAAAAUA